AUGGAAUUAGAAAUCCAGUGUGGCGUUGAAGUCAAUGUUACCCGUAAGGGUAUUUCACCUUGUCACUGCUUUGAUUGGCGUUGAGAAUUUCCACUCUAUUUUUCCAUCUCCCAAAACGACUGGUAAACCAAAAAAUACCACGGUUGGCGUUCAAGAAGUAUGAGCGAUAAACAUCUCUAACAAGGUAUUUCAAAAAAAAACUUGACCGGGUGAAAGCAUUUGUAAAAAGUACUCUUGUCGGCGUCAAGGACUGACGUUUCGACGACAUAUACAGAAACUGAAAAGUUGCUUGUCAAAGAUAGGUGAAAGGGUUAUGGUAAAUGUUCGGCCCGUUUUACUGUGAUCUUGUUUACUACAAAAAGUUAAUCAGCGUCAGCAAUUCAUCCUAACAGCAGACGCUAGCUGAAGUGGAUUAUUUUACUCUUCUCUGCUUGUUUUUGUUACUUAGAUUCUGCUAAGGUUGUUAAACUUGCUCGCGAACAUCACGUUUCAGUACAAAGAAGUGUGCGUCUUCACUGCGAAGUCGAAGGAAAUCCUCCGCCUGCUUACACGUGGUUCCCUUGUGAUUCACAGACCCAAGUAUGUCAUGAGAGCACACUUACUGUUUCCAACGCUCUUAACUACGCCGUGUACUCUUGCAAUGUGGCAAAUGUUUUGGGCAAUGAUACAAGAGAGACCAAAGUUGUUGAUUGUUGCUUUUGAUUAAGCGAUGCUAACUUAGAGUUAUGAGGAAUUUUACAUAGCUUCCUUUAUGAAAAUUUAAUAACAACUUCGCAGAUCUCCUUUGGUAUAACAAACGAUCACUGAAUGCAACUUAUUCCUAAAUGUAUUUAAACCUGAUCAUCACCUGCAAAUAAUUAUAUAUAUUCAAGGAAAGUUUAAUCAUACUCGGCCAAGCACUGGAAUAGCUAAUAUUAUGAAAUGAUUAAGAUUUCAGGGGGUCAUAAUCAGUCAUAUCUUUCUUUGUGGAAACCCAUAAGUCAUCAUGCUAGCCAUACCAUGCUGACGAGGCUCAGCAAGACUGAAAUAGCUGACAUAGUUGUUAACUCGGUGUCUUAAUUUUCCCGCUUAUUUUCUUUGAAAAAGACCUCACUUGACUUCCAUUGUUGCCGCUGUGUCGCCUCCAGUAGCAUAACACAGCUUUAAACUAAUGUUGCUUGUUUGUUUUAUCAAAUAGUUAUAGCAGGCAAUGUGAUAAAUGUGACACUUUUCAUCAGUGAACAGUGUCCUGAUGAAAAUUUAUCUGAAUCCGUGUUGUGGAAGAACCUCGAACAAAAGGUAACUAUUAGGCAUGUGACACCACCACACACGUAAAUAGAUACCUUUAUUCAGCAGAACGGUGAUGAUGUACAUAUGGGGUUCGCACUGUAUAAUUUUGCUAUCGUUUCUUGUAGAUUGAGGACCUAUUUAAAAAUGAAGGAUACAGGAGCACAGAAUUAACAAAUUACAGGUAUGUAGGCGAAAUGAAUUAUUACCUGGGUAAUCUGUCCUUUUUAUGUAUUUAGAAAGAUGUUGCUGUGGACUUACUGUGACUCAGGCAAAAACAUGAUGUAUUACAAUAGCUGGAAUUCCUACCCUACUCUUUACGAAAUGUGUGCAGGUUAUUUUUCAGUCCUCUGUUGAACUUAUUACAUUGAGGAUGCACGAGAAAGGGGCCUAAGGUUUGCAGCCAGUUACUCUGAGAUACUAGAAAGUCUUAGGAUUUACAGCUGUUCUUAUAAGUAGACCUGUUUUUAAAUUCUUGUUUUUGUUCUGACCCUCCAAGGUGUGGUAGUGUGAUUGUUGAUUUGGCCUUGAAGUUCAAUUCCUCUGUUAAAGAAGAGAAGGUGCUUUCAAUGCUAAAAGAUUCUUCAGAGAAUGGAGGGCUGGGUGUAAAAGCUUCAGAAAUAGUAGGUUGGCGACCCGGAAGGCCAACUGAAGGACCCAACAGCUCAACGUAUGGCACAAAAUCUACUGAAAAUGCAUAUAAGUAGGAAUGAAAAGCGAGGAUAUCACUAGGACCAGUCCAGGACAUUAUUAGUUGCUGUAAGAUGUGGUGUGUUAUAAUUUUUUUAAUCACCUUUUAAAGUUGAUAACUUACAAGUAUAGAUAAAUCGAUGCCACUAUUGUCUCCGGAGGGGAAUCGAUUCGUUGGUAAGGCAAGCUCCUGACGUAAUUAUAUUUGCUAGGAUAUUCCGAAGUGUGGCCAACAAUAUCAAUUUUAAAAAACACUACAUGAUGGACGAUUUUUGUUUUCUUCUGUCAGAUAUAGUAAUGUUAAAAGUAGAAAACAUGAAAAACUGCUGAAAGCUUUGGCUACUUAACCUUUUUCAGCAUUGUGAUUUGCGACUCGUGACUCUUUACAUUCGCUAGCCAGUGAAUUUAAACUUGUUUGUGCUUGCAUUAAAUUGAAUGCCUCAGCUUUACAUUAGUUACGUUUACAUUACUUCCUUUCCUCAGCAUCCGCUGUACCUUCCGAACUCCCUGCUCAGAGCGGGGAUAACCAAGGUGUUAAGAAUUGGGUGAUUGCUGUUAUAGCUGGUGUUUCUGGUCUUGUCCUCCUCUUUGUCGUUAUAUUCUUACUUUGUUGGAUAAGUAAAACUCAGAAGAAGAAGAAGGGCUCCGGAGGUAAGAAAAUCACGCUAUAAGUAUUACCAUUAGUGUAACACUGACACCACUAUCGUUUCAUCUUCCGCGAUUUGGAAGCAUUUUUAAUUAUGGUAUUUUUUUUUUUUUUAUCCCACCCCCCCCCCCAGGGGGGCGAGAAGGUUCAUGUAAAAGUAAAAGCCGCUACCAAAGCUGUUUUCCUCGACUUUGAACAUACAUGUCCAAUGUUGUUGUGUAAAUCAAGUUGGUGUCGAUUACAUCAAAAGCUAAGAGAAACGCGACUUAAGUUUGUGCCUGGUAUUCUCUUUACUUUGGGUGACAAUACGAGAGAUGGUUUCCCUUUGCUGAUACUCCACGACCACGUGAGCUUCAUGCUAAUUACUUUCAGACCUCUUUUUUAUUAUGAAUAAUUUCUUCGAGUUUACGAUGUAACAUAGUUUAAUCUGAUGAUAGUAACGGGCAUGUCAUAUUAACAAAUACUUAUACAUUUCUUUUUGCUUUCUUUCAAGAUGAAGCCGUUGACAUGUCGACUACUUCGAGGUA